AUGGAAGUUAAUAUUCUUGAUUGCAAUAUAAAUGUCAAACAAUUAUAUGAAAAAAUAUCAAAAUGUGCCACUGGUGCUGUGUCCUUGUUUGUAGGAAACAGGAAUGAUACAUUUGAGAAGUCUGUAUUGAGCACUGUUACAGGUCACUCUCGUAAUCAAGUGAUAAAUGCAUUUUUAAUCGAAGUUUGCAGGGAAGUAAAUGAAAAACAUCAUGUCAAGAAAAUAAUUGUUAAUUGUUGGUUAGAUGCUUCUGACAAUGAACCAUGUUUAGCUAUUGCUUGUUUAGCCUCUACUUAUCAUGUAGCUUCAGAAGGAAUAAAUACAGCUAUUGAGUUAAUCAUUGGAAGGAGACAAAAACUUUAUUGUGAUGAUCAUGUCGUUGAUGUAGUUCCGGCAGACUUGAUUCAAGUUAAAGCUUCAAGUUCAGAAAUAAAUCUGCGAAUAAAUUCAUUUAUCCAAAGAAGAAGAGAACAAGUUAAUAAAGACAACAUUCGUGAUUUUUGCAUCAAUAAAUUUCCUUUAGACGAAACCUCAUGCGCCAGAGUUAAUGCAGUCAAGAUUCACAGAAAAGAUUGCAAAAGUCAUUUGCGAGUCAGGAAGGUGUUCAAUGUGUGUGGUCCUCAGACUCAAAAUUCUAUGAAUGAAACAUUUAAUCAAUUAGGCGAUGAUGCUACACGUGAAGAAGGAUGCGCUAAGAAAAGAAUAUUAGAAAACAGAGGCAGAGGGAAAACGGUUAUGACCCAUCCAAGUGAUAACAAAGAAUUUGCAUUGAAUGAAAGGCUAAGAAAUAUUGAAGAACAUCUUGGUUUUGAUGCUAAUACUUCCUCUGAUGUGCUUGAACGCCUAAAAAAAAUAGAAGAUAAAAUUUUGUAUUUAGAAGGAUUAUCACCAGAAUAUUUUGAGUUUCGGGAAAGAAAGUCUAAAAAUGAAUCAAAAUUGAUUCAUAAAACCCAAACAAAAGUAUCUUAUUCAUCUAGUGAAUUAUCUCAGAAAAUUAAAGAUUUAGAGGCUAAUAUGGAUUUGGGAAAAGUAUAA